UUGUACCCGACCGUCAGAUCGAUAGAUCGACAAGUAAAGCCAUCACUGGAGGAGUCGAUACGACAGGAGCGCGGAGGCCGUGUAUUCAAGCCGCUCAAUUGAUUGCGAAGGAAAUAUUUACUUAAGGAAAAGUUUUAUAAACACCGAUGACAAAUACUGCCUUGGAUUAGCAAAUAGCAAGGAAUUUAGCCUGGGGAACUUGAAAUAGCCUCAGAACAGGGAAUCUCGCCGCGAGCUUAUCCCCUCUAGUACAGAAAUAGCGGGGACACGAUUUAUAAAGCGGAUUACCCAGCAGUUAACGAGGAAAUACACCGUACAAGAGUACAUUAGCGAAGCGACAUCAGCAGGCACCUGACGAAAGACUUUCAGAUCUAUAUAUAUUUACUUAUAUAUAUAUAUGUACUUAUAUUAUUGUCAUGUAGACAUUACGGACAUUAACAGAUUAAUUAAAGAUCAAAUCGUGUUAAUUUGAGGGAUGUGGCGGAUUUGAAAGGCGGUGUAUUUAGUUACAUAUAAAUGCUACAAAGCAAAUAAUUAAAAGGAUUAAUAUUUAAGCCGGUAUAGACCUAUUGGACAAGAUCCGAGGAUUAUUUUCGUCGAAUGUGGUGGAUCUAAGAAACAUGUCGGUGAAUAACUGCAAUAUUCAAGCGCAACUGACCCCCUCCACCCGACUGCCGAGUAUUAAGGAGGACCAAGAGAAAGUUCUUCAAUCCAACUUCCGUAGUAAUCGGAACCCUACAGACCUGGACCUUACACUCAUAGCGGCAGAAGCGGGACUUUCCGAAGAAAACGUCAAGUUGUGGUAUCAGCACCGUUUGGCGUGUUGGCGGCAACAGCAAGGACUACCCGCCAAUUCUCGCUCCAUCAUGGACUGAUGACGUUACACCACGCGGUGACAAGGACUUUCGUUUGGUGCUUCUGCUUCAGAGUGUGGCGGAUUAACAUUACAUACGAUAUACAGAAUUUUAAAGACUUAGAUGCUACAGAAAAAAAUUACAGCACGCAUGGUUGCUGCCUAUUGGUGAUUCAACUCGUUAUCACAAAUCAUUCUUUCAUUCCAGUAAUUUAUGUGUUCCCUUUUCUUCAUCAUACCCCCCCCCCCCCUCCCCGCACGAGUCCCAUUUACCAGGGACACCUAUAUACUAAUAGUAUAUACGUCCCUGCAUUUACUGAUGUAUUGACCCAGCUCAGUUAAAUUUAGGACAUUGCAAGAGCUGUGAAAUAUUCGCUGUUACGCAAGUAGUAUUGUGUUGUUUGUGUCACUUUUUGAGAGAUGUACAUAUUAAACUUGUUGAGAGAUA